GAGGAUCUCGUGGGGCUUCCCCUCCCCUGCCCAUUCUCUGCCCUGACCACACAUGCAGGGCUUGUAGCACGUCUUGCUUCAGCACACACACAUAUAGCAGGUGGAGGGGGAGGCAGAGCUGCUUGCUUUUGGUUUUCGACCCUCAUAUCUUCAUUUCACAUCAUGAGUCAUGUUAUGUUCUGAGCUGAGUAACUUCUGGGGCUAUUUUUACUCCAGCUCUGCGAGCUUCCUUCUCACCACCGCCACCGCCACUCACUGUGCACCCAGGGGCAGAGGAUGGGGAUGAGCAGGGCGCAGGAGGUGUCCGGGCUCUGAGGCUCAUCGAGGCUCGCACACACGCAACCCGGAGCAAUAAAAGCCCUCUGAUUGCCCUCACCUGUCUCCAAACCAAAGCUAAACCAAUUGCCGGCAGCAGAGCCAGCGCCCGGCGUGGGGAUCCUAUCUAAAGGGGGAAGAUCCAAUCUACAUGGGAAGGUCUGAUCUAAAGGGGAAAAUCUGAUCUGCAGGAACGUCUGAAGGAACAAGAAGAAAGAAAAAGGAGAAUUUAAAAGCAGAAAGGAGAAGCUGAGGAAGACUUUGGAUUUUGCACCAAACUUUGGAAAAGUUGUUUUUAUUUUAAUACCUUUUUUUUUUUUUCCUCCCCCCCCACCCCCAAAGAACACUGCUACCCAUUCCCAAAAGCUCUUCUUUUUCAAUGUGCAUACAUUUAAGAAAGCAAGAAGACCAAGAGGGAAAAUAGCACACCGACCACCUGCUGAGGAGCCGCUCAUUGGAACACAUAGCUGGAUGCCUGGUGCUCAGAGGGGCUUCUCCCCACCCACCCUAUGAGAUAGCAGAGUCCCCGGGCCCUGCUCCCCGCACCCCCCCGGUGCUGAGGCGAUGGGGACCGGCAGCCUGCUUGCUGCCUGAGGCCAGCUGCCAGUGCUUCCCUCCCGGGGCUCUCCGUCCAUGUGCCCACAGCCGGCAAGGCCUGAAGCCGGCAUGAAUUUCGGCGUGGUCUUCGCCGUCAUCCUCUCCCUGCCCCUGGCCCGCCUGGAGGGGGACCCCGUACCCGAAGAUAUUUAUGACAUUUUGGGUGGCAGCUCCGUGCGCUCCAUCAGUGACCUCCAGCGCGCCCUGCAGAUAGACUCCGUAGAGGAGGACAGCUCUAGCUCUAGCCUUGACCUGAAUGCAACUCAGCCCAGCCAAAACCAUGUGUCCCUGGUUCGAGAGAGGCGAAGCCUUGAUGCUCUGGCAGCAGCAGAGCCAGCUGUCCUCGCCGAGUGCAAGACGCGGACGGUGGUCUUUGAGAUCUCCCGUGACAUGGUGGACAGCACCAACGCCAACUUCGUGGUGUGGCCACCCUGCGUGGAGGUACAGCGGUGCUCCGGCUGCUGCAACAACCGCAACGUGCAGUGCCGUCCCAUGCAGAUUCGUGUCCGGCAUGUCCAGGUGAACAAAAUCGAGUUUGUCCAGAAGAAGCCAGUAUUCAAAAAAGUCGUCGUGCCUUUGGAGGACCAUGUGCAGUGCCAGUGUGAAGCGGUGUCCCGGCCGCCCCCCAGGAGCAGCCGACCCGCACCCCGUGAGCAGAGACGCUUCUCGCCGUCGUUCACCACAGCUGUCAUCUCCCAGAGGAAGCGGGUACGCCGGCCACCAGUGCAGAAGAGAAAACACAAGAAAUACAAGCAUGUUAAUGAUAAGAAAGUGCUGAAAGAAAUCCUCAUAGCAUAGAAGUACUGGCAAGGGAGAGAGAGCACAAGGUUAAUUUAAUAUAUUUGCUGUAUUGCCCCCAUGGGGUCCUUGGAGUGAUAACUUUUCCUCUUUGCCAGUCUGCCUCAUCAACUGAUUCAGGCGGCAAAUGGUGCUUUCCUUUCCAUCAGUGGACAGUGGACCUUCUCCUACCGAAGCCUCUUCCUUCUUUCAUUUAUUAACAUUUUAAAGUUUUACAAAAAAAAACCAAAACCAAAACCAAAAAAAAACAACAAACAAA